AGGGACGUGAAUCACGAGAGCGGGCCGAUGAAGGUGGUCGUGCGAGGCCUGAUAUCCAAAUUCUCCGUCACAGGCGGUCGGCAGGGACGGACCGGCAGUUUUUUUACGUCAACGGCCGGCCGUGUAACCUAGCGAAGGUUUGGUCGGUUCGUGUCCUUCGGUACAGCAGCUCAGCGCACUCUCCCAGAUCCAAAAGGCUUUCAAUGAUUCAUACCGCGCGUUUAAUGCCACUCAGUCGCCCUUUGUCAUUGCGGACUUUGUGCUCCCGACAGAUUCGUGCGAUAUCAACGUGAGCCCUGACAAGCGGCUGAUCCUGCUUCACCACGAGAAUAAUCUCAUCUCUGCACUCAAAACGUCAUUGGAAACAACCUUCGCGCCAAAUCGGUCCACGUUCGAGCUUGAUGGUAGUCACAAGCAGAAAACGCUGACGCAGACGGUGUUGCCCAUUACGCUGACCAAGGCUUCUCCGAAGUCCACCACUAAGGCUGCCGUCGACGAUGUUCGUGCUGACGAGGACGAGCGAUCUUCAUCCGUCUCGGCAGCUCCCAGUGUGGUUUCAGUGCCUGAAAUCGCCGUCCUAGAGACAAUGCAAGACCAGCAGCCCACUUCGACGCCGGAGAGUAGCCCUGCGCCUAAACAGAGCAGCCGUGAUCCGUCUGUGGCAAUUUCGGACGCAGUGGGCGACAGCCCUUUCCUGCCCCCUGUCUCUCCCCGAGAGGAUCCCCCCAGCGAAGUUGCACACACGGAAUCCGGGGGCGAUCUUCCUGUGACAUUAGAUGCGUCUCGCGCGUCCUGGAACCGCAAAGUCGACCUGGCACGCAAAUCGGCGGAACUGAUGGUACCGGAAUCAUCCGGCGUUGUAUCUGAUUCUGAAGAAAACCCCCCACCGCGCAAGAAGCGCCGAUCCGAGGUCGAAAAAAUGAUACCGGCACCUCCGUUCACACUGGCAAAGAAAGGUUCUGCGCGAGAAAACCUGCGCACGAUGUUAGCUGGGUUCUCUCAGUCUGCCUCGGGCAGUCAACCGAUAGUUGCACGUGAUGAGGAUGGACGCCGCUCGCCUAUAGACGUCGACGAGGACCUGGCUGCAGAGGAAGUCGACUCUGAUGAGGUGAUGAACCUGGAAACAGGGGACUCGGCUCCAUCAGAGGUCGACGAGGCCAUGGUCGUCGACGAAUUGGCUGAUGAGCCUCAAACCACGGACGAGACAGAUAUCAUUGAUCUGACAGACGACGAUAUCCAUCCAUCCGAGCUGAUGGCACCUGCAUCUUCUCUGAAUGACGUGGUCGCACGGCCGGAGGUUCUGCGCACGCUGGAUGGGAGCGGAGACCUCACGCUGCGAUUAGAUCUUGAUCGCAUCGGGGUCACGUGGAAGCGUCGAAACUAUGUGACCAAACCGUCCGGCGCGAGAAUCUCACGCGACGACAAUUCACUGUCCAACGCGGGCAUUGCCGAUGGCGUCCAAGAUGACGUCGCGGCGGAGACGCUGGGGCGGACGAUUGAGAAACAGGAUUUCGGGGCUAUGGACGUUCUGGGACAGUUCAACCUCGGGUUCAUCGUCGUGCGCCGGAGGCCGGCUGAUGGGGCCAUGGACGAUCUGUUCAUCGUCGACCAACAUGCCGCGGAUGAGAAGUACAAUUUUGAGAGUCUGCAACGGACGACGCAGAUCAGAUCGCAGAAGCUGUUUCGACCUCGGCAACUGGAACUCACCGCGGGCGAUGAACUGCUGGCGCUGGAGAACGUCGAGGUGCUGCAGCAGAAUGGGUUCGAAGUGGCGACGGAGGCCAACGAAGCGCCGGGACGCCGGCUGCGGCUGACUGGACAGCCUGUGAGCAAGGACACUGUUUUUGAUAUGAAAGGCGGGUGGACAACAUCCCUUGGCUAGCGCUGACUUGCGCUCAGAUCUCGAGGAACUGAUCCACGCGAUGCGCGAUCGCCCCGCGGGCCACGUCGUGCGCUGCUCUAAAGCCCGGGCCAUGUUCGCCAUGCGCGCUUGCAGGAAGAGUGUCAUGAUCGGGAUGCCGCUGACCCGGGGUCAGAUGACGACGGUUGUGCGAAACAUGGGAACGAUGGAUCAGCCCUGGAACUGCCCGCAUGGGCGACCUACAAUGCGGCAUCUAAC